AUGGCAUCAAGCCCUCGCUCGUCUGCUGACCCCCAGGAGACGCUGUCGAUCCCCUCCUCGUGGCCUGUCCCUCCCUUGUCCUCUGCCCACCACUUCGAGACGCAUACUGUAUUAUCUGCCUCGUCUGACGAGACCGGGCCCCUGCCUCCCAUGAGCCAGAUAGCACCGCUACCACCCUCCUCUUCCUCUCCCUCCACCACCACCACCACCACCACCACCACUGCCGAUAAUACUAUUACCACUACCACCAGAGGUAACCAUACUAGCGGCCGCUAUCACUCCCAUACGAGGAGCACGAGCACAGGCACAGGCAUUGGCAUAGACACAUCCGCAAGCUCUCGUACCGACGACAAGGACGACGCGCAGAUCUCCGACGCUACAGCAGCAGCAGUACCACCACCACCACCGACGCCACCUGCCCCUCCCGUCGAUACUUCCGCCUCCACGUCCACUACACCUCGCUCUUCUGUCCACCAGAUCAAGAGGAAGCCCCUGACCGGCGCCGCAGCUACCUUUGCCGCUCGCUUCUCCCAGGCUUCGAGCUCUACCGCCUCGUCCUCGUACAUCGACCUGCCCACCACCGAUCACAGGUUCGAGAGGGACGCCUCUGCCCAGGAUAGCCCUACUCUCUACGAGUAUCCGGAAGGUGUCGGCCUUACUGCGUCGCAGCCUAGACCGUCCGAGGCCCGUUUCAACCCUGACGACGUCGGCCCGACGCCCGAGACUCGAGACCUUCCCGACGACGAAUACGCCGGGUCUGGAUCGCAGUUUGACGUCCUGUCCGUCUACGACGACCUCCUCUCCGACCAUACGUCUGAACAAGGACCGGGACAGCAGAGGGAGGACCGGCACGACCGACAGCCGACAGACGCCGCCUCGACGCCCAGGGUCGCCGCUGACGAGCGCCGCGGUAGCAGCAACAGCAAUCUCAGACCUGAAGCCGUCUCUACCGACGACGACGACGACGAGUACGAGUCGGCUGUCUCCGACCACAUCGACCGGCGUGAAUCAUCAUCCCCAAUGCGAGCAUCGAAGCCCACGCCACCCCAUCUGAAACUACAGCAAGUCGACACAUCAAUACGAGAAGACGCCGUGUCCCUAAACUCCGACACGGGCACUCCAGACUCGGCGUACCGCAACAAGAGGCUGCCCAAGUCCCCGGCUCCGGCAUCGCCAUUUGCCACCUUCUUCGGCUGGGGCAACCAGUCGCCCGGUGCGACGGAUUUCACCGCGGCCACAACGCCGCAGACCCCGCCCACAAAGGGGGCGGCCGCCGUCUUUCCCACCAAGACGACGAGUGCGCUAUACGCAGGCGACCCGAGAUCAAAUGACGCCGCAACCGGAAGCCGUAAUCCUUACCUACCCACGUCGCCGACGCUAGAACCCUACGACCUAGAACAGAUUGAAGAGAUGGAGGACGAGCUGAAAUCCAUCAGCUCCGAGCUGGCCGCGUCCAUCCGACGUGAGAUGGACCUGGAGGACCUGGUCGACCGGCUGCAGGAGCAGGCCAGCAACGCCCAGGCCGCCAGCAAGCGGACCAGCGACUACUUCUCCGACUCCGGCUACAGCUCCGCCAAGGCCAGCGAGACGGAGAACGGACGCGAGGAGAUCGAGAAGAUCCAGAGGAGGUCAGAGCAGGAGAAGGCCUCCAUCAAGCUGGAGCUGACCAACAAGCUCCAGGAGGAGAGGCUGAGGCGGAAAGAUCUCGACCUGAAGAUCAAGCAGCUCGCCGAGCGGGCAUCCCACGUCGACCUGGCCCAGAUGAACAACCUGGACGCCAACGAGCGCAUGAGGGAGCUCGAGGAGAGCUGCGAAGACCUGCGACGCCGCCUCGUCGAGGAGCGGUCGUCCAAGGACAACUUUGAGGACCUGCUGUCGGCCCUCAGGGGCGAGCUGCAGGGCGCCUGCAACGAGCGCGACAACCUCCGCGACGAGGUGGUGCCGCAGCUGCGCGCGCGCGUCGAGGGCCUCGAGGCCGAGGCGGCCGAGUACGCCAACCUGACGUACGAGUCGACCAAGAUGCAGCAGGAGCUCGAGACGCUCAAGGGCGAGAACAGCAGCCUCCGCCGAGGCUCCGUCAUGGGCGAGAACGUCGGCCUCCGCCGAGGCUCCGUCCUGGGCGACAUCACGCCCAAGCGCGGCUCCGUCAUGAUGGCCAGCGGCCUCUCGCGGUCCAACUCGGUGGCCGCCGGCGGGAUGCGCGGACGGAGCGGCGGCAUGGGCCUGUCGAGGUCCAACAGCGUCAAGACGGGCCAGGUCGAGUCCCGCGAGGCCCUCGCCGAGCGCCUCAAGGACGUGGAGGUGCAGCGCGACGCCCUCCACAGCGCGCUGAAGAACCUCCUCGAGAGGCAGUUCUUCCAGAGCCGCGACUACGAGAAGCGCAUCCGGAGCCUGGAGGCGGAGCGCGACCGCCUCAUGGCCGGGCCGGCCAAGCGCGGCGGUUUCGAGAGGGAGAUCCUGAACCUCCGCACCGAGGUCAACCUGCUGCGCCGCCGGGCCGAGGACGCGCUGGAGCAGAAGUGGCAGGUGGAGAAGGGCCUGAGCGGCCUGAAGAUGGACCUGGACAGGGCCGAGGGCGAGAUCGCGUCGCUGCGCGAGCUCCUCGACGAGAACGACAUCCUCAUCCCGACGUCGUUUGCGCGCUCGAGCGUGGGCAGCGCCGGGUCGGACUCGCCGGUGUCGUCGGCGUCCCUCCGGGAGGCGUACCGCAAGCUGCAGACGCUGUACACGGAGUCGCUGCAGCGCAUCAAGGACCUCGAGUCGGGCCUCCCGCCGGACGAGGAGACGCGGGGCGCCAUGGAGCGUCUCGAGCGGGCGCUCAGCCUGGCGGUGGCGGAACGCGACGCCGUCAGCGGCGAGAUGGAGGCCCUGGCGGGCCGGUACGACGACCUGUCGGCCGACGGGGGCAGGGGCGUCGAGGCGCAGCGCUCGCUCUCGGACGAGCUGACGGAGUCGGCGCGGCAGGUGGAGAGGCUGGCGUCGCAGGUGCAGCGGCAGCUGGCGGCCAACGCCGACCUGCGGACGCGGCUGGCGGACGCGGUGGCGCGCGGCGACGCGGACCGCCACUCCAACAACAACCGCAUCACGUUCCUGAUGGAGCGUCUCCGCGGUCUGGAAGACGACCUCGUGACGGCGCAGACGGCGUCGGAGGAUACGGUGGCGCGCCACGAGGAGGAGAUCGGCCGGCUGCACGAGGCGCAGAGCAGCGCCCUCCACCGGGUCGACGGCCUCGUCAAGGGCGGCGCGGCCCUCAGGUCGCCGCGGUCCCCGCUCGCGCGCCGCGGCCCGUCCGCGUUCCCGGGAUCGCCGCGGCUGACGGAGGCCUCGUUCGAGGACGAGGCGGAGAUGAAGUCUCUCCGCGCCAAGGUGGGCGAGCUCGAGAAGGCGCUGGCCGAGGCCGAGACGGAGAUGCAGGACGUCAUCACGCGCAUGAGCACGGCGCAGGUCGAGGUCCUCAACCUCCAGGAGGAGAGGGAUGCGGCGGUGCGGGAGACGCGCAGGCUCCAGAAGUCCGUGGAGGCGUCUCAGGCGCCUGCCGAGGGUCGCUUCAAGGUCUUUGGCUUCUAG